CAGUCGUGUCUUCAAUGGAUGCUUGAAAUUUACGUAAUCUACGCGCGCAUACAGAAUACCUUAUUGAAGUUGCUGAAUCGAUGGAUUUUAGAACGCCAAUUGCUCAAAGUGGUGAAGUGGCACGUAUGGAGUCACGUUAUAACCUGGAAACGACUGUCACGUCGCAAUAUUUUUCUAAUUGACAAUGUAAAUCAUUAAAAUUUAUAAGCCUGUACUGUGUUCCUUAUUGACCCGUGUCGUAAAUAAUAGUACUGACAUGAACAUGAAUAAAACUGAGAAAUUGUUAGCGGCUAGAAAAAGGUUGAAGGAAUUUCAACUCAAUAGGAAAAAUCAUCACCAGGAUGUUCCGGUGAAAGAGCAGAAUGAUUUACAAAAAGAAACACCGCCACUUAUUGAAGAUUCCUCAGUUGAUUGCUUGCAUAAUAAUGGAACCGAUGUACCAAGUCCGAGUAAAAUAAUUAAGAAUACUGAAACAAGGCCUGAAGAAGCUCCAGUGCUAUUUGAUCAUUUCAUGAAUGAUCAUGUUGAGGAGUCUUGUUUUGGUAAUACUUCCAAUGAAACAGUGAGUUCAGCCAUUAAUUACAAAGAGGAAUAUAACAUCAGUACUGAAGGAAGUUUGAUAUCACAAAGUAAUAAAAAUCACAUGAAUUUCGACUCUCUUGAAACUGAAAAUGUGCUGCAAAACAGUGACCCCUUACAAAAUACUGAUAGUUCCGCUAAUCUGGAAUAUUUUGAGACUGAUGUUGAAAGUUCUGUUACAUCGGAACAGCCAUUGAACCAUUCUGCUUCGCUGCAAAAAGAACGACUUUUGCAAAUGGCUUCAGCAGUGGCUGAUGCCUUAGUUGAUCACCCUGACAAUGAUGAAUCUGGCCAUACCUCCGACCUGGAAUAUCAGAAUCAAUUUCUAGUUUCUAGUCUUCAAGAACAGAAAGAAUUGGUUAAUCGAUUGCACAUUCAAGUGGCUCAGUAUAGUAGCAGAAUUUCCGAACUGGAAGCGACUCUUGCAACUAAAGAAGCGGAUUUCGAAGUGAAGCUUUUGAGGGAAUUAAAUCCACUAAAAGAGCAGUUGCAAGUUCAUGCUCAGACGACUGGAAUUCUUGUGGGCGAGAAAGCUGAACUAGCUGCUGCCCUUACACAGGUUCAGGCAACAGCGAAGCAAAAAGCUGCUGAAGUCGAGGAUCUCAGUGCAAAACUAAAAUCUUCCCAGUUACGUAUCUGUGAGCUUGAGAAAGAGUUAACACCUCUCAGAAGUAUAUCCAAUGACGUUGAAUCAAGAGAAGGAGCAACGAAACAGAUGAUCACUGAAAUGUCGGAAAAAGUCCGUGAGCUCAGCAAAAACAAUGACGAUUACGAAUUGGAAAUUUCGGAGCUCAAGCAAAAUUUAGAGCUGAAAAAUACCCAGUUACUGAGUGUUCACCAGGAAUUAAAAAACAAAGACGAUUUGCUGUCGCUAUGCGAACUUAAAGUGCAGCAGUUAACCAAUUCCCAAGAGUCAGAUAUCAUUGAAAAUCAACGACUCACAGUGGCUGCUUUGGAGCAGCAGUUAAAUCAGGUUCGUCAGACUCUCAAAACUGUCAGUGAGGAUAAAGAAAAGGCUAGUGUCCAGUAUGGAAAUUAUAUGAGUACAAUUAAUAGCCAAUAUGAAUCAGCACUCAAAGAGUUAGAAAAGAGCAAAGAAUUAAUCACGCAAUUGGAACUAAAAGAACGGAGCUACAUUGAUAGAUUAUCUGAUAUGGAGCAGCAGUUGCAGCGCGAAAAAGACAAAGUGGAAUCUUUGACACCGGCAGAAGAUUAUAAGAAUCAAAUAGAGAGCCUAACGAAGAACGUCGAUGAGCUUCUUCAGGAUCAACACAGCGUCCAGCUUGCUCUGAGUGAAAAAGAUAAUGAAUUAGAAAAUUUGAGAAAGGAGCUGGAGGAAUUACAAGCUAUAAAAAGCGAUGCCGUGGAGGCGUCAAAAUUAGUGGCGGCACUUGAGAGUGAAAAAAUUGGUGCAUCCAGAGCGGUUUCUCAAAAUCAUCAGUUAAAACAGCAACUAGGUGAAAUGCACGAUGCUUUUGUUCAUCUGAGCAACAGUAAGCUGGAUUUGACCGAGCAGUUACAGGCUGAACGGGGUAUCGGUAAGAAAUUGAAUGCGGAAUUAAACAAGUUUGAAUCAGAGAUAGAGAAGCUGAGGGAGGAAUUACGCGUUAAAGAAGCUGCCUUGGUGGAAUAUGAAAAAGAAAAACUUCACACUGCACAAAUCACAGAUCAGAUGCAGCAUUAUCAGGCACAGUCUCAUCACGCGAGUACUUUGCAACAGGAGCUCCAAAAAGCAUUGGAGACUAUUGAGAAUUUAAAGAAGGAGAAUCAGAAACUAUUCGCACAGCAACAUUUCGGUAAUCCUGGAAAUGUUCCCCAGGAAGUCUCAAACGUGAAGGAGACCAUUGAGACUUUAAAGAGAGAGAAUCAGCAACUACUCAACCAGCAUGUUUCUGCGAACUCCGAGACUGUUUCAGAGGAUGUCGAAAAUGUACCAGUAAACGAUUCUGAGGAUAAAGUAGACGAUUCAUCUUUAACUCUGAUUCAGAGUUCUACGCAAACUGUGGAAAAAGAGGAACCUAGUAUUCAACCCGAAGCUGUAAGAAAACUGGAAGAGAAAUUUAAGACCACUAUGGAAAAAAUCGCAGAACUCUCUGACGAGAAGCAAAGGCUGGAACACUUGGUCCUUCAGCUGCAGGGCGAGACAGAAACUAUAGGAGAAUACAUAACCCUUUAUCAGAGACAACGUGCUAUUUUGAAUCAGAAACAGAAAGAACGAGAGGAAGCAUUUUAUCAACUGAUCGAACAGAGAAAUCAGCAACAAGAACAAUUGCACAAGCUUAAAGUGCUCGUUGCUGAUCUUAUUAGUAAACAAUCUACAACUGAAAAUCCUGUGGACAAUUUAGGAAGCAAUCACGAAGGAGACCAUAACGAGAAUGUUGAUGUUCCUGAUGUUUCUAUUGUGGAGAAUUCUGAGAUCCAAUCUAUCGUACACCCCAAGGAUGAAACUACUUCUCAAAUCCUGGAUCUCUUGACGGAGAUAAAAGAUUGCAAAGAUACCUGUAUUCUCGAGCCGAAUUUCCAUCCUUGCCCUUGGUGUUCCGGAAAACUGAUCACCUUGUAGCCGACAUUAAUUGCUGCCGAUCGACAUAGAGCACAGGAGCGUGAAAUGUAAUGAUUGUAUAUAGACAUUGAAAAUUUUCUAAACUCAA